CUGAGACUCAAGUCUAAUAAUUCAUUAGUUCUACGUUGAACGAGUGGAUGUUUACACCUAGGAAGCGUGUCAUUUAGUAAACAAACAUUUUGACACGGGAAUUUACCUCUUAUUUUUUCGAAACAGUAUUAAACAUUUGAUUCUAUAGUGAUCAAAAUGAGUUGCAUUAUUCUAAUCGUCAUUUCCACGUUUUGGGUGUUAUCCGCUGCUCAAGAGUCACAAAACACAACCGGUCCAACACAUGGGAAAGUCGUAGUGUGUCCCGUUCCAACAGAGUCAGCCAUUGGUAUUAUUGGAAAUAAUUUUAAAAUUGAUGAAGCCGAUUGGAAUUUAUGCACACAUCUCAUUGCACUUGAUGGCAAAUUUCUUUUAAAUAAUGAAAUGACAGAACGAAACAAAGAGGAAGAUUACAAACAAUUGUCAAAUUUACGAAGCGAAUAUCCACAUUUGAAGAUUUAUUUGGCGGGACGUAUUCAGGAGUACUUCGUGGACUUUUUAAAGGUUAAUGAUUCAACACGUCUUCAGGAAUAUAUUAAAGGUAUCACCGACUAUUUAAAGAAACACCAUUUCGAUGGAUUGGAUUUGAACUGCGGCGAGCUUUGUACAAGCCUUACAAAAAUCUCAGACUUCGACAAAGUCAACUUAUUGUUGCAACAUUUGAAAGAGAGUUUUAAACAAGAUGAUACCAAGCUAUUACUCACAUCAUCAUUUUCGAUGUCUACGGAAUUUUUAGCGGAACAUAUUGAUUACUCAGCUCCAGCCAAACACCUGGAUUAUUUUCAUUUCUUGCCAAUUGAAUACGAUAUGCAUCUUUUGGAAAAGUACAAUGUAUCGCGGACAAGAGAUCAAUUGGAUAUUUUGUCGGUACAAGAAAAGAUAGAUAGCCUCAUUGAGUCGGGGGUACCAGCGAAUAAGAUCGUCAUGGGUCUGACUUUCGGUGGAGUCAAUUUUCAAUCAGAAAUUUUAGGCGACACUGUCUCAAAAUUUGAUCGAAUUAACGGAUACAGUGCUAUAUGUGAAAUGAUUACGGGCAGCGAGGCUGACAAAUGGAUGUUUUACUAUGAGGACGUAAAAAAAUUGACGAAUGCUUAUUACAAAAAUGGAGAAAAAAAUAAGAAACGAAUCAUCAUGUACGGUGAAAGCCGAAUGGUUGCUAAUCAAAUGAGAUUUGCUGUGAGACGUGGCCUAGCUGGGGCCGCCACAAUCACCGUCGAUAGAGACGAUUUCAAGGGAAUAUGCCCACUGAAAAAUGACACAUUUUAUGACUUUGUACCGGAUAAUGGUAUCAUUUUGCAUUUCCUGGAACAAAAAGAAUCCACUUUCCCACUUUUGAGGACCGUCAACGAAGCGAUCACUAUUUCACUCGAAGAAUUAGCCCAACGAAGCAAAGGAAGUGCUUCACAUUCCACAGUCAAUGUCUUUUACAUAAGUUUUGUUUUAAGUAGUUUUGUUGUUCUUAUGAAUUUAAUUUGAAAGGCGGCGUUGCACAGUGCAACACUGGUCAGACAAUACAGGAGUGACUAUACUAUUUUAUAGUAUUAAAAUAUAAAUCAAAACCAAUCAUUUGAAUAUAGUUUACAAUAUUGAAAAUUGUUGCAAAGAUUCUUUUGAAAGAGUCUCUUUUGAAAGACUUUUUCGAUUCAAUCGAUGAAAGCUCUAUCGAGCGGAUGGGAAAAAUUAAACCCUGCCACAAAAACGCUGAAAAAUAUGAUAUGAUCUACCAAAGGGCUUGCGACGCCUGAAAUACGGCAAUAUUUUCAUCUAUAUUUCAGUCAUAUUCCGUCAUAUUUCAAAUAUUUGGAAUAUUUGAUAUAUUUAAGGCAUAUUUAAACCACAUUUUGACGUUUUUUUUGGUAUUACCCGAUAUUAUUUUGACUAUAUCUAUAUGAAAUAUUUCUCUCAAUUUUCAAAUAUAUGAAAUAUUUGAAAUAUAGCCAAAUAUGUCAAACAUACGAAAUAUCAAGAUGAAUUUUGUAAACAAAUAAUGCUUCAAUAUUUGAAAUAUUUGACAUAUUUGAAGAUAUUUCACAUAUAUUUGUUCGUCGCAAGCCCUUCGUGAUCUACUUCCGAGGCCAAAUGCAAAAAAAUUGAAUGGUCAAUACAAGGAAUAGCGACAUGGGCUAUCUUUUGAAGCGAAAAAAGCAUGUAAAAAAACACCACCCUUUUGAGAUAUUUCACUUUUAGUACGUUGACCUCAUUUUUGGAGGCCCCAAUGGAGUCAAAGUGGGUAGGUGACUUCCAUUCCAAUUGUUAUAGCCCCAUCGAUUAUCUUUCCAACGGUUUGGCAAUGUGUCAACUACUUCUUAGUUAGAUUUCAGUUGGCGCAAACCCAUUUUUUCGAGUUUUUCCAUUUUUCGAAAAACUUACACUGGGUGAACUCGAAAAUGUGGCCCACUUACAAACCCAAGAUGUUGGUUUUCUCAAUUUCUACCGAAAACAAGACUCCAUGCAAAUUUUCAGCCAAUUCGGAGAGGGUCAAUUUCGUGUGGAAUGUUCGAUUAAUAUCCGCUUGAAUAUUUUUAUCAGGUAUUUUUAUGCGAUAUUUGUUCGUUUGUUCGUGUGUGCAAAACCAUCAAAACAGUCAGUUCACUUUAUGCAAUAAUACAAACACACAAUGAAUACACAGUGAAACGCUCACAAGUCGUUUGGUGAACGAUAAUUUAAUUUCAAACGGAUAUUAAUAUUCGUUAGCGUGCUCUGUUAGCAGUCAAGAAGAAAUAACUAAAAUCAGUCUCAUAUUCAGAGCUAGGGGAAUAUCAC